AUGCGUUACGGAUUUUUAGUGAAGGCGAGCGAGGACGUACCGGUGGAGUUAUUGGAGGAGUAUGAGAUACCGGCGGGGCCGGUAAUCUACAGAGGUAGCGAAGACAAGACGGAUGUGGCGAGACAUUUUGUGGAGUCGAUAGUCGAGGUGGCCCGGAAAAUCGAAAGUCUGAUGAAGACGAAUAUUCCUAUAAUCAUGACUGAGGGCGAAGAAAAAACACAUCAAGAGUGUACUGAGUUUUAUCGUAUACGAAGUAAUCCGACUGUGGUUAAUCCAAAAUUCUCUUCGUUUUCAUCAAGAUUUAAAACAUUCAAAUUAUUCCCGUCAAAUACUUCUCAAAAUAAAUAUACAUUGUCCGAAUGUGGCUUAAAAUAUUCAGGAUUGGAUGAUGUCGUGGAAUGCUUUUGUUGCGGUCUUAUUCUUCAUAAUUGGGAAAGGCUGGACGAUCCAUGGAUUGAACAUUGUAGAUUCAACCCAAGAUGUUUAUAUGUGUUACUAAUGAAGGGUAAUCA